ACCUCUUAAGCACCACAGCUAGUAAUAGUACUACAGCCAACUGCAAAAAGACAGCCAACUUUUAUUAUCAUAUAUACACUGUUUCACUAUAGUUAUAUUUGUGCUUAAUUGUGUUUGUGUUAUCGAUGGCGAUUCCGGUGAUUGAUUUCUCAAAGAUUGAAGGAGAUGAGAGAGCCAAGACUCUGGCUCAGAUCGCUAGUUGUUGUGAAGAGUGGGGAUUCUUUCAGUUGAUCAAUCAUGGGAUCUCUGAGGAGCUCUUGGAGAGGGUGAAGAAGGUUGCCUCUGAAUGCUACAAGCUUGAAAGAGAGCCCGGUUUCAAGAAUUCGAAACCCGUGCAGCUGCUGAAUGAAUUGAUAGAGAAGAAGAGUGAUGGGAAGGUAGAGAAUGUGGACUGGGAGGAUGUUUUUUUGCUUUCCGAUGAAAAUGAGGAUGAUUGGCCGUCAGGAACUCCUAGUUUCAAGGAAACCAUGAAGGAAUACAGGGUUGAAUUAAGGAAACUAGCAAUCAAAGUCAUGGAAGUAAUGGACGAGAACUUAGGCUUGCCUAAAGGCUACAUCAACAAGGUCUUCAACGGUGGAGAAGACGAGCAAGCUGCCUUUUUCGGUACCAAGGUGAGCCACUAUCCACCAUGCCCCCACCCAGAGAAGGUGAAUGGGCUUCGAGCCCACACGGAUGCCGGGGGCGUGAUCUUACUAUUCCAAGAUGAUGAGGUAAAGGGUCUUCAAAUCUUGAAAGAUGGAGAGUGGAUUGACGUGCAGCCCCUAAAAAAUGCAAUAGUGAUCAACAUUGGCGAUCAAAUUGAGGUCUUGAGCAAUGGGAGGUACAAGAGUGUUUGGCACCAGGUUUUCGCCACGCCAGAUGGGAAUAGGAGGUCAAUUGCUUCAUUCUAUAAUCCAUCGCUCAAGGCUACGAUUGAGCCUGCAACCAAAUCAAUCAUCCAAAAAGUGGAAAAAGAGGAGGAAAAUCCAUCCAAGUACCCUAAGUUUGUGUUUGGCGACUAUAUGUCUGUUUAUGUCGAGCAAAAGUUCCUUCCCAAAGAACCAAGAUUCCAAGCUGUGAAGGCGAUAUAAGGCAUUAAUGCGAGUCAAUUUCUAUGUACUCUCUAGUGACAAGAGUACCUUUCUUUUUCCCUUUGUACCUCAGAUUGUCUGUGUACUUAUUCGGGUUAUAGAGGUUCUGGUGGGAUCUGUGUUAGGGCUAUCAAGUUAUAGUGAAGAAGUCCCUCAGGCAAAAUGUCUAGUUGUGGGCUUAUCAUCCUUCUUCUAUAUGUGUGUAUGAUUGAAGGAUGAAGAUAUAAAAUAACUGAUAAGGGUGUCAAUCUUGUCUUAUAUUUGUAUACUUUGGUAUGUCUCUGUCUACUGCAAUUUAAAAUCCAUUAAUUUAGUAUAUAUAUUAGCUAAACCUUUGAGAA